AUUUGACUUUUGGUAAUUGUUUGGGUCGGAGGUUGGAGGGUUAGUGUGACUGCAAAGUGGUGAAAGAAAAUGUGCGUAUUCACCCUUCAGUAGUGUUUAUGUGGUGAAAAGUAUCGGCUAACAGUCCAGGUGGAUAAGUGCUUCGAUUAUUAAUCACAAGAACCUCCCUUACUUAACGUAGAAAUUAGCUGCAUGGUGCUCCCUUAAUGCAUAUUGCACACAUUAACAAAAAUGGCUCCAUUAGGAAAUGGAAGAUGAAGACGAAUUCUUCGACACAAAUUCGCUAGCAUCGUACAUAUCCGUGGGAAAAAGAAGGCAGAAAGAUAACGGAUACUUGAGCCUGUCGAGGAACACCAUAUACCAUUCGGCCGUCGACCUCGAAAUGGAGAGCCUAGAACCGACCGUAACCAAAGACGAUCAAUACAAGGUGUCUAAUAAUAAUAAAACGGUUACAUAUUCCGAGUGGAAAGAUAGGACGUGGCGGUGUUUCACCAAAAGCGAUUUAGUUGUAGAUUUUGUGUUGGCAUACGAAGAUGACGGUAACAUAAGGAAGGCGGAGGUGAGGGAUGUGUUCGAGAAGCGCCUGGAAGAUAUUGGUUUGAUUCUCGAACGCGAGUCAUGUCAAAAGAUCAGUUUUGUCAAAAUUCACGCGCCUCACGAGGUGCUGUGUACGUAUGCCGAAAUUCUCAAGCUGCGUAUGCCGAUUCGGGAUGAUAGUAGAGUACAAAAGGAGGAGCCCAAUUUAAUUAAUUCCAUGGUUAAUAAAGCGCUAGAUUACAUGAACGUUAAGCUCGACGAGGAAAAGUUUCCACCGGAGAAAUACGUAUUGCAAUCCGUGUUUUCCAGAGAAAAAGAUUAUUUGUUCGACACAAAAGCCGAUCACUUCUUCACCACCUCGAUACGAAUUGCUGUCGUGUGGUAUAUUCUUGAACGAGAGAAGUUCAGUGUGGAAGAGCACGAUACAGGCAUUAAAAAAUUAAUCUCGGAUAAAAUAUACAAGGCCGCGUAUCCCUUGCAUGAUGGCGAUUUGUAUACAGAGGGCUCCCAAAGACAGUUAUUAUUCCACGAAUGGGCUUCGGUAAGCAAAUGGAUCAAAUUUCAACCGAUCGACAAUGUGAAAGAAUACUUCGGCGUAAAAUUAGCUUUAUACUUCUCCUGGUUAGGUUUUUAUACACACAUGCUGAUUCCUGCCGCCUUUAUAGGAAUAUGCUGCAUUUUAUAUGGCGUUAUUACGUUACCGAGCGAUAUACUCAGUCAGGAUAUUUGCAAGUCAUCAGUUUUAAUGUGCCCACUCUGUGAUAGAAACUGUGAUUAUUGGCGAUUAUCGGAUACAUGCACAAAUUCCAAGAUUAUAUACGUAAUUGAUAAUCCCGCUACGAUUUUUUUCGCCGUCUUCAUGUCGUUUUGGGCCGCCUUGUACUUGGAGUUGUGGAAGAGGUACAGUGCUGAGGUCACGCAUCGAUGGGGUCUGACCGGUUUCGAUGUGCAAUGCGAGCCGCCGAGACCGGAGUACCUUCGAAGGUUGGCGAAGACGAAGAAGCGCAAAGUGAAUGUAGUCACGCAAGUUGCCGAGCCUGUUGUGCCUUUCUGGAGAGUAAAAUUGCCAACUUUAAUUUUAAGUUUUACCGUCGCCAUUUUUUGGGUGUGUCUUGCUAUCGGUAUCGUUUUCGGAAUUGUAAUCUACAGAAUGACUCUUCUAGCUUCGGACAAACUAUACGCGGAGGAUACGAUUUACUACACGUACAUUAUGCCGGUUACCGCCGCCGUAUUGAAUUUGAUAUGCAUCAUGAUUCUCAACUUUUUUUACACGUAUUUAGCGGAACGGCUAACCGAGUUGGAGUUGCAACGUACACAGACCGAGUACGAUGAUAGUCUUGCCUUAAAAAUUUACAUGUUUCAAUUUGUUAACUACUACAGUUGUAUAUUUUAUAUCGCGUUUGUGAAAGGAAAAUUUGUCGGGUAUCCCGCCAAGUAUAACAGGAUUUUCGGAUACCGGCAGGAGGAGUGCAGUCCAGGCGGAUGCCUACUCGAAUUAACAAUUCAAUUGGCAAUCAUAAUGAUUGGGAAGCAAGCCUUAAAUUCUGCCUUAGAGAUGAUUACGCCGUUCUUAAAGAAAAUGUAUAAUUCGUUCCAAGUGAGCACGGGCAUGAAGAAGCGGAGUAGUGAGGAGCACAUUAUUUGCUGUAAUCAAUGGACCGAGGAUUAUACGUUGUCCGAUUUAGAGCCGCAGGGAUUAUUUAACGAGUAUUUGGAAAUGGUUUUACAAUAUGGAUUUGUAACGAUAUUCGUAACGGCAUUUCCGUUAGCGCCACUAUUCGCGCUGAUAAAUAACAUAUUGGAAAUGCGGCUGGACGCCCAGAAAAUAAUCAAGUACUAUCGCCGGCCCGUGCCCCAACGCGUGAAAAACAUCGGCAUCUGGAUGCCCGUGAUGGACGUCUUGGGACGGAUAUCCGUCGUGUCGAACGCCUUUAUUAUCGCCUUCUCCUCGCACUUCAUACCUCAACUGGUCUACUACCUUCGCAAGGGCGGCAAUCGUGACAUGAACGGAUAUUUGGACUUCAGCCUGUCCAGGUUCGACGUGCGACACUUUCUAAACGGAACUGGCCCGGAAAGAACCAAUUUCAACGUGUCCGAGUGCUACUACACGGACUAUAGACAUUCCUCGGAGCACAACUACCAUCGGCCCGUCGAAUACUGGCACAUUAUGGCGGCGCGUCUGGCUUUCGUGGUCGUCUACCAAAAUCUCGUCGGUUUCGUUAUAUCGGCCGUUCAAUGGGUCAUUCCGGACGUUCCGAAGAAGCUGAGUGAUCAGAUUAAGCGGGAGGAGUACCGUACAAACGAAACUAUUAUCAAGCACGAAACUGAUCGAGCGAAAAAAUUACGGAACAGUACUCCCAAUAUAAAUUCCAUACCGGGAUUAUUUCCGGAAACAAAUGGGGAUUUGCACUUGGAAGGUCCUAGUACUGUGCAUUUCCGAGGUAACCCCCGAAAUUCUCUGUAUCAUGAUGUGAUCGAUUCCUAAUUCUUUGGGGGAGGGGAGGUUUGUUGUAUUAUUGUUACAAUUAAGGUGCCUGUUUUAUAGACUUAAGUUUUAUUUAUUGAUCUAAUUAUAAGGUCUGAUGAUAUAUUUAAAAAAGUGUACUUAGUACUUCUCUUGCUUUGUGAAGUUGAAUCUCAGCUUGUAGGGUUUCAUUUCCCUACAUUAAUUUUUACCAAAUCUCGUUAGUCUUUUGACCAUUUUUACUCAUUAAGAACGUUUAGGGGUAUGCGGGUGUAUGUCACACGAUUGUUAAUUAUAGUAGUUUUACUUCUUCCAUUACUUCUGUUAAAUGUUUUUAUAAUAACAUCUAAUGUUUAUUAAAUGUUUAUAUUUUAAAUUAUUAAUCAAUAAAUAUAUGUUUUGUACUUUUUUUACUAGUAUUGAAUAAAUACUUGUCGAUCAA